CAAGGACCUACUGUAUAGCACAGGGAACUAUACUCAAUAUGUUGUAACAACCUAUAAUGGAAAAAAAUCUGAAAAAGAAUAUACGUAUAGGAGUCCGGAGACCCCGGCCUUGGGCGCCUUCACGCUGUCUCGAAGCGCGUAAUGCUGUGAGCAGGCAGGCGCCGCGCCGGCUGACCCGGCUGGAUCUGCGCGUGGCAGGCAGGGACUGCGUGCGCCUUCGGGGACUGUCGGUGCCGGGCGCCCGGCCCCGGGGUCAGCGGCUGGGAUCCUUGGCGCCGCUGGUUUCUCCAUGCUGUGGAAGGGACUGGCGGAUGUAACCGGCUCUCCAGAAACCCCUGCUUGGCUGUAAGUCCAGGAAGGCCUCUUAGACAUCCAUCUCGUUUCAGAGCCACUUCAGAAGCUACUUGAGAAAAAUGAUGUGACCGCUCCUAUCAAAAAGGAUAUUGGGAAACCUGUAACAUCUGUGAAGAAAGUGGCCCUUUUUCCCUUUUGCAAAAUCGACAUCUUCAAACUCCAAAAUGUCAGCCAAGACCCCAAUUUACCUGAAAGCUGCCAAUAACAAGAAAGGAAAGAAAUUUAAACUGAGGGACAUCUUGUCUCCGGAUAUGAUCAGCCCUUCCCUUGGAGACCUCUGCCACACCAUUCACAUCGGCAAAGAGGGCCAGCACGACAUCUUUGGAGACAUUUCCUUUCUUCAAGGAAAUAAUGAGCUUCUACCUGGAAACCAGGAGAAAGCAUGCAUGGGCCAGUUCCCUGGGCAUAACGAGUUCUUCCGGGCCAACAGUACCUCCGACUCCAUGUUCACAGAAAUGCCCUCCCCGGUGCUCAAAAACGCCAUCUCCCUCCCAACCAUCCGAGGGCCCCAAGCACUCAUGUUGCCCUUGUUGUCACCGGUGACAUUCAGUUCCGAACAGGAGUCCUUAGGGCCGGGAAGGCUGCCCCGGCUUAGCUGUGAGCAGGUCAUGGAGGAGAAGGCUCCGGAGAAAAGCAAUCUGUUGGAGAACGGGACAGUCCACCAGGGGGACAUCUCGUGGGGGUCCAGCGGGUCCGCAUCGCAGUCCAGCCAGGGCAGGGGCAGCCUCUCCGAACAGUACCACUGGGCGGCGGAGGACAUGUUUGACCAUUCCGCCCCGUGCGAGCUCGUCAAGGAAAAGACUAAAUCAGAGGAGUCCCUCUCUGAUCUCACGGGUUCCCUCCUCUCCUUGCAGCUCGAUCUUGGGCCCUCAUUUCUGGAUGAGGUGCUGAAUGUCAUGGAUAAAAGUAAGUAACAGGACACCACUGGCUCUUUUCCUUUGGGAUAAAAGGUAUCAAAAACCAGAACAAAACAAAACUAACCACAGUCAAAGAGAAGAGCUUCGCUGGCUAUACUUGCUGUCACGUGAUGGGUUUUCUAAAAUGACGUUCCUACAGAAUAUGUUUUUACCUGAUAUAUGCCCUGUUUGCAAAAACAGUGAAAGAAACAAAAAAACCUAUCCUGGCAAAGAGAGGAAGUGAGUCAGAACCCAUUUUCGGCGGGCAUUGCUGACGUACAGCUCACAUUUUUUGUUUUCAGACCUUCAGACAUGUAAGAAAUCUGGCUUGGCCAGGACUGGCACUACUUAUGAAGGGCUGUGCCAGUCACAUUAGGGACCUUUACAGUACUCUGGCAUUUUCUGAGCACGAGGAAGUCAAAAUUUAUUUAACACCCACGCCUUUUUUCUAGACUGUUUUCUAUAUUGUUUGGGCUCACCGUAGCAAAUUCUUCCGUGUUAGAACUUUUCUCUGUUUUCACAUUUGAACAACUUUAUGGGUUUCGGGGAUUUGCUUGUAGCUCUUAGAUAUCCCUAUAUAUUAUAUCUAUAUUGCAAAAUUUUGACUGUCAGCUACAUGUUGGUAAGACACAAGCAAAGUAUUACUGUAACUAAGUUAUUUUUAAAGUUAAAAUAUAUUUUUAUGUGCCUUUGGCUUUUUAUUGCAGAGUCUGCGUUUUAUAGGUACUACAUCAAAUAUGGUCAUUUGACUUUCCAUUGGGGUUCCAUUGUAAGCUGUGUAUGUUUGGAAAAAUUAUUCAUAUUUAGCUUUAUUUUUUUUCCUUCAUCUGUUGUCAUACUUUACUCACAAUGCUUCUGCAGAGACUGUGGGCCACACCACAUAAUGUUAUUUGGAAAUAUGGGUGUUUUAGUACAGUACCUACUUGCAUCACGUGGUACUCAUACAACACAAUAAAGAGUAAAUGUUAAAAUAAAAAAAGAAUAUACGUAUAUAUAUGUGUGUGUAUGUGUGUGUUUAUAUAAAUAUAUAUAAUUGAAUCACUUUUCUGUAACCUGAAACUAAACAACAUUGUAAAUGAACUAGACUUCAAUUUUUUUUAAGUGGUUAAAUUUUAAAAAUCUCAUUAUGGGGGAAAAUGCCCAAUUCCAGAAACAGACUUUUACUUAUGUUGUACUUAUUUUGGUAAAGAUGCAUGUCUUCAUUGUGAAUCUGGGAUUUUUAUACUAUGAGAGUGAUGAUACAAUUUUAUUUAAGCAUAGCAAUAUAAUAAAGAAAUGUUGAGAAGUCGUUUUUUAGAAAACUGAAUCUCUCGUGUUAAAAAUGAGGUAACAGAGCCAGAGAGGUUAAGUAAUUGACUUAACAUCACACAGCACAUUGAUGGCAGAGCUGGGUAGUGCUCUGCUGCCUCCCAGUUCAUUCUAGUCUUCCCCUUUCACGAGCAGAACUCAAGACCUGGAGCCGUAGACUCCAAAGCUGUCUGAGGAUAUCUGAAAGGGCCAAUAAAUAUUCGAAGUAUUGUCCAGCACCCUUCCUGGCUCAUUGCCUUCACUACUGGGCAGCCCGAAGCCAGGCUGAGACUCACUGGGAAGGGAGGGGGGUAGCCUGCAGCUUGUGUGCUGCUUCUGAGAGGGGGUGAGUUGCCAGCCCUGGAAAUUCCACCUGUGUCAGGGAGUCGUGGGAAUGUGCCCAGGUUGCUAUGGGGAGGCUUUCUGCCACGGCUGCCGUAAAGCAGCCCCCUGCCAAAUCCCGUCUUGCUGUCUCUCAGCGGGAAAGUGGGAAGUCAGAGGAGAAAGUUCCAACCUGUCAGUUAGAAGGGAAAUAGCUGAGAAGCCAUCUCCCACCAUGUGAACGAUCUUAGCAUCUAAGUGUGUGUGUGUGUGAGAGAGAGAGAGGGAGAAUAUUUGGUAGAGGACGUCAGGGGAAGAGAUGGGGGGAAACGAUCAAAUGGGCUUAGGAGAAGGAGGCUCUGUGUAACCCUGUGCGCGGGUGGGGGGAGGCUGCCUGGCUCCUGGAGAUUGUUUAGCACUCCGUCUGUUCACAUCUAUUUACGUAGCUGAUGACCUCAGACCCACCUACUUGUCCUGCGCUUCCCCUUCCGGGCUCCUCUUAUUCCUGCUCCCCUCUCCGCCCCCUCCCCCCAGGCUCCUAGGCUAGGGGAGAGUGACGGCAGCAGAGAUAAGGACAUGCUCUUUUAUGUAAGGACGCAAAUCCCUGCUAACUUGUGGGUUAGAGAGCUAGUCAAGGACAAGGACAAAGCUGCUACCAGUGGCCCUGGUCUGUGUCCUGAAACACCGUAGUGUGGUUACUCACCCUGGCUGGAGAGCAGGGUUGCUUGGACUGCAUUCUUGGAAGUGAAAUGAAACUUGACGGUGGGAGAUACUACUGCCUCUACUGAGUCAUAAAACUGGGAUCUUUGGGCCAAGGAGUCCCAAGAAGCUGAUCACUCUAGUUCUUUUCUCCUUGGAAGAAGAUUCUGGAGGACUUCAGCCUGAGAGGUUAUAAUGUUUUAAAAUUUUAAGUUGUGAAAUUAAUUUAGUGAGUUGUGAUCAGAAUAUUAUUAAAAAAAUGAAAUAGAGUAGACAGUAGACCAGGGUACGUUAUUGCAUGGAGAAGGUGAGUAUUGUUUCAGGAAACUCUUUUUAGUGUUGUGUGUGUGUAAUUGUGUGGGUGUGUACUGGGUCACAAUGUAUUUCUUACUGUAAGUCACAGCCAAAAACUUUGAACAUCAUUGCUCUUUUAGAAAGUGUCAGGAAUGAAGACUUGGAGUCACUGUAGGGUCUGCCAUGUAAUUGCUGUGUGACCUAUGGUGAGUUGUUUAACCUCUCUGACCUUCAUGUUCCUCAUCUGUGAAGUGAAUGAAUGAAACCAAAUGAAGAAAUUAAAAUGAUGAUUUCUAAGGUUCCUUCCAGCGUCAGAUUCUAUAAUUUUUAAGGUAAAUGAGAAUUCAACCUGUUUUUAAAGAUUCUCAAGGAAGGAGAUGACAUCCUCUCCAACAAGCAAUAAUUUCCAUUAAAAAACAGCUCUUUCUCUUUAGGCUUCAUUCAUUCAUUCAUUCACCAAAUAUGUAUUGAUGAGUCAGACACUGCUCUAGGUCCUGGCGAGGCAACAAGUGGAAUAAAACACAAAAAUCCCUGCACAUGUGAUGCUGCCUUAGAAACCUCUGUAGCAGUUUAUGGUUUUUUGUUUUUGUUUUUUCACUUACCAUGCAUUUAAAAUAAAACAAAAUAAAACUGAAAACCUUCUGUAGACUUGAGAGGAUAGUUAUCAUUUUUCCAAAAGUUGGUUUGGACCCUCAGUUUCUCCUUCGAUGAAGUGGGAAUGCAAUCAUGGAAUGCUAACAGUUCAAAGUCUGAAAGGGUUCCAGAAUGUCUUUUUUGCUCAGAAGGGUGACCUGACCUGAUAAUCUUAAAUAGAUAGACAUCUGAAUGUUCCAGACAGGAAAUUAUUAUUUUCCUUGAAUAUUUUCCUUUUUUUCUAGGAGCUCUUGAAACCACAGACCAUUCACUGAAAGGCAGUUCACUUUAAAAUGUUCAAUUUCAGCUCCUUGACAUAUUCAUCUUCUCUCAGUAUAGAGAUGAAAAGCCUCCUUCGAGGACUUUGGGAUUGGGGUGGCAUCUUUCUGGCCUUUAAGCCGAGAACUCUGCUGUUUGGAGAAGGGGUUGGGUAAAUGAAACCUGCAGACUCCUGGCUACCAGGAUGCUUAAAUUCAGUGCUGGGAGUGCAGGACUUUGGAAUCUGAAAUCAUCCUGACCACCAGGGGGCAGUAAGAACUUGUUUUUCCACACCACCAAUGAUCGCCAUUCCCGUCUACUUCAGCCUGCAGUUAUAGGCUGGUAAAAUGACCUUUUCAAAAUAUGCCCGGCCACUUCAGAGCCCCUGAACGCCAGGGCUAUAAGCAGUCAGUUGGCUGAUUCUCCUCUCUCUCAUCUCCCAAAAUUAAACGUGCAGGUCCAUUCACUGAUUCAAAAGGUAUCUACUGAAUCCUUUUAUGUAUCUAUCAAGUACUGAGCUAGACUGUGUGAAUCCAACCUUCAUCAAGGCAAAGCCUCUGCUCUCCAGGACCUCACAGGCUAGGUUUUUCCAUAAAUGACAGACAAAGGGCUUGUUGCCCCCAAGGUGGUUUCACAUGGUCCUGAAUCCAAGGUUAUAAGGCUGUUUUCUUAUAGUGAGGUGAAGUUUCUAGGCGUGCGGAUCAUAAUCUUGACAUUUUCAAAUGAGAGAAUAUAGAUCUCUGUCAGUGAGAUUUAGGAAAUGCCUUUGGUAUUAUAGCUAAAUUUUCAAACACCAGUUGGAGCAGACUGUAUAGGCUCAUCGUGAAUCCUAAGUCAGGAAUCACUGUUUUGCUGUUGUAAACUUGCAGGACUGAUCAAUCUUUCUGGACCCAAGUUUUCCCAGCUGCUCUCAGAAAAGGCCAGGACACUAAUAGAAAACUAAGUGAGAUGGAAGAGAAUGAUAUUGUGAGGCAUUACACUGGUCUAGAAUCCCCACGGGGAUUUUGCUAGCCCCUUUGCUAUGUGUUAACAGCUGGUUGUUCGCGUGGUUCGUAGCUUCCCUGCCACCUCUCUUAUUUGGUGUAGACACAGGGUCUAGGUUAUGUUAAAACUAUAGUAUUGGAACCCAGAAGUCAAUAAUUAUCCAACCAAGGGAUCAGAUUUUAUUUUAUUUUUCACAAUAACUUGGAUGAGUUGAGUGUGUAAAUGGAUGACAUGUUAUAGCUCACUACUUUCUUAAAAAUAGAAUGGAACAAGGGAAGAAUUCUGGGAUGCACUUGUCCCAGACUUUUUUUGGGGGUGGGUAUUGCCCAUAGGUCACGUUAAAAAAGUUUGGCAGGAUUACCAAUGCAUGAAGGCAUUGAUGGGUAAUGAGCAUUUAUAAUUAAGUGCAAUCACUGGGAUGUACAGGGAAUCUGCUAGGUUGAUUUGGACUGUCUCUAAAUGGCUGAGCAUGAAUUCAUGCAGGGAUAACCCUGCCUCCUAAUAAUAACACUGAUCCAGCGGGUCAAGUUUAGGUUCUUGGGCUUCUUCUAGGCCACACCUCUGAAGACUAGAGGUCCUCUUUAGUUGAAAGCCCACUGCAGGCGAAAGUAGAACGCUGCUUCUAUAACCUCCAGAUAAAGUGCGAUAGUCACUGUUUCAGAAGACUGGAAGUAAUAGCGUAAGGAUUGAACUGGUCUAUAGUCUUUGUCUUCUUUUUAAUUUUAUCUGUUAUUUGCCUGGAGGCAGCACUGCUUAGAAUAAUUUUUACCAAAAGCCAGAGAAAAAGAAAUUUGAUUACAUAAUUUGAUGAUGUAGGCAUUUUUAGGUAGUGAAAAGACCUUCGAAGGGGAAUUAAGAAUCCCCAACCUGUCAUUGUCUUACCACCUAAGUACCAGGUAAGCACUUUCCAUAAUUAUGGUUAUUUGGAAAGGGCGCACCUGGCUGGAAAUCCCGCCUUUGCCUCUUACCAUGGGACUCAUGCAAGUCCUAUAAUUUCUCUGAUCCUGCCCUCUUGUCUGUAAAGUAACAUUAUACCUAUUCUACU